AUGUCUGAUCCUGCAGAUCCUGCACCAUUUCGUCUCCUCAAUCUCCCUCAAGAAAUCCAAGACAAAAUUUACGAAAAGUAUUUUGAAGGAGUCAAACUUGUAUAUCCCUUGGUCAAGUCCACGGUGCCCAGUCUGCAUAUUGAGCAAACCUGCAAGAAGGUUAAUCGAGACGCUAGGAAUGUACGAGAAAGAGUCUGGCCACGAAAACUAGAAGUAAACAUUCACUUGCUCGAGGAUUUUCUUGAGCUGCUUAAUGGAAGGGCGAACGCGGAAUGGCUCGUCGAUCGAAUUGAUACCUUCCACUUUCUCGCUACGGAUCUCUUCUUUGGAGAUAACUUGAGUAAUGUAUAUGAGGCUAUGAUCUGGCGGUCGGUCUCUAUAUCUUGGCCAAACCUGCGAAACGUUUACUUUUCGUGGACUUUAACCCUUUAUCUUGACUUCUUCAACACUGAUGAAUUCGCGGAAAACAUUUCACGCGUAGUGCCAUACAUUAUGCACUCACCAAGUGUCUCAUACAUGCAGGCAGAACUCGGUACUGGUACAAUAGCCACCAUGCUUGCCAAUAAAUACAGCGAAGAGUAUAAAGUCCAGGUAUAUAAGCUCUACACCAUCAAGAUGAAACUACAGGGGUCAGGCACCUUCAUAUUCUACCAGGCUAGCAAGACGAACAUCAGAUCUACCGAACAUCAGGUAGUCUACAACUAUGUCGCCUCGAAUGACUCAGGCUUCAACGAUACCUUCAAGGAGGAAGGCGCUAAUUUUCCCGAUGGAGAGCUCGAGCGAUGGCUGGAUGACGGAGUGCACCGAAUGCCUUAA